AUGGUACCCACAUGUGGGCUAAACUUGCUAUCUACAACUUCUCUUCCCCGCCUCACUGAACUUCUUUUUCUUUGCUUUUUGCUGAGUUUUACCUAUUGUUGUUGUUGUUUCUUCUUCUUCUUCUUCUUCUUCUUCUUCUUCUUCUUCUUCUUCUUCUUCUUCUUCUUCUUCUCGGUGCCCUUACCCCUUCAGGACGCUUUUUGUCCAUUUCUUUCUUCUUUUUUUUUUUUUUUUGGCAUUUUUUUAUCUUUAGCAUUUCUUUCUUCCUUUUGCUUUUUUGAAGCUUUUACCAUCUUUUCGAUGUCUUUCUUUCUUUCUUUCUUUCUUUCUUUCUUUCUUGCUUGCUUGCUUGCUUUUCUAGUUCAUUCAUUCCUUCUUUCUCCCUUUUUCUUUCUUUCGGAAUAUCCAGAUCUUUUUUAUUUCCUUGUUUCUUUUCUUGUUCUUUCUUUUUUUUUCUACUCUCCUUUCUUCAUCCCUUCCUUCCUUCCUUCCUUCCUUCCUUCCUUCCUUCCUUCCUUCCUUCCUUCCUUCCUUCUUGAAUUCGUUCUUUAUAAAUUUCUUUUUCUGUUUCAUUUAUUGAUUUUUUUCUCUCUUUUUUUUUCUUUCUUUCUGGAUAUCUACAUAUUUUUUUCUCCUUUGUUUAUUUUCUUUUUAUUUCUUCUUCCUUCUCUCCUUCCUUUCUUCCUUCCUUUUUUUCUAAAUUCGUUCUUUAUAGAUUUCUUUUUCAAUGUCAAUUUUUCCCCCUUACGAUUUCUAGCUUUCUUAGCCCUUCUACUUUCCUUCUCUGCGUAUUACUUCAAUACCAUAUCUUUUUACAAUCCUCCAUUCCUCUAUCUUUCUCUUUCCCUCUUUACACUUCUCUGUAUAUUUCCCAGUUGCUAUCACUCCACAUUUGCUCUUUUUUUUCCAUUAAAAGGCAGAUAA